UCUCCCAUCCUCAAUCCCAACUCUCUAUACAAAUUACAAAUCAAUACAAUGGCUUCCACUUCAAUGGCUCUUUCUUCCUCUUCUUUCGCCGGUCAGGCAGUGAAGCUCUCUCCGGCCGCCUCAGAGACAGCCGGUAACGGAAGAGUCUCGAUGAGGAAGACCACCACCAAGAAGCCUGCUGUCUCCUCCGGCAGCCCUUGGUAUGGCCCCGACCGUGUUAAGUACUUAGGCCCAUUCUCCGGCGAAGCCCCCAGCUAUCUCACCGGAGAAUUCCCCGGCGACUACGGCUGGGAUACCGCCGGACUUUCGGCUGACCCCGAGACUUUCGCCAAGAACCGCGAGCUUGAGGUCAUCCACAGCCGGUGGGCCAUGCUUGGUGCCCUCGGCUGCGUCUUCCCCGAGCUCUUGGCCCGCAACGGCGUCAAGUUCGGAGAGGCAGUCUGGUUCAAGGCCGGCGCUCAAAUCUUCAGCGAGGGCGGACUUGAUUAUUUGGGCAACCCAAAUUUGGUCCAUGCUCAGAGCAUCUUGGCCAUCUGGGCUACUCAAGUGCUACUCAUGGGAGCAGUUGAGGGCUACAGAAUUGCCGGUGGGCCCCUCGGCGAAGUGGUGGACCCAUUGUACCCAGGUGGAAGCUUCGACCCGUUGGGCCUAGCAGAUGACCCAGAAGCAUUUGCUGAGCUAAAGGUGAAGGAGCUCAAGAACGGUAGACUCGCCAUGUUUUCAAUGUUCGGUUUCUUUGUUCAGGCAAUCGUCACCGGAAAAGGGCCGUUGGAGAACCUCGCCGACCACCUGGCUGACCCCGUUAACAACAAUGCUUGGUCUUAUGCUACAAACUUUGUCCCCGGAAAAUAAAGCAAUUCGCGAGAAAUAGCGCAGCACAAAAUCUUCACAUGUAUUAAUUACUCAAUUUAAUGAAAUGAAAAUGCGAACUAUUCUUGCUCUAA